CCCUGCGCUCGGAUCUCGUUCCUGUGCGUCAUGGAGACCCAGACCCGAGAUGUGGUGUCCGGCCAGUGGCUGGCAGAGGCCGUCCGGUGCAACCUCGUCGGUCCCAAGCUUCGCAUCCUGGACACGUCGUGGCAUUUGCCCGAACUGAAGCGGGACCCGAAGGCUGAGUUUGCACAGAGGCACAUUCCGGGCUCCUUGUUUUUUGACAUAGUGGAGUGCUGCGACCAUAGCGCUGCGUAUGAUCUCAUGCUGCCGACCUCCAGCCACUUCUCCCAGUAUGUGGGCGACCUCGGCAUCGGCAACGACACGCACGUGGUCGUGUACGACACCAGCGAAUACGGGUCUCACAUCGCACCCCGGGUGUGGUGGAUGUUUCGGAUGUUCGGACACACCCGGGUGUCGGUGCUGGACGGCGGCUGGAAGAACUGGCUGCUGGACGGUCACCUGGUCACAGCGGAGAGCUGCGUCCCGGAGCCAACGGAGUUCAGGGCCGCUGCCAAUCUGUCCUGGGUGAAGAGCUGCGAGGACGUGCUGGAGAACGUGGGCACCAGGCAGGUGCAGGUGGUGGACUCCCGGCCUGUAGGCAGGUUCAGGGGGACCGAGCCGGAGCCCAGGGACGAUACGCUGCCCGGCCAUUUCCCUGGUGCGAUCAACAUACCCUUCACUACCUUCAUGGACGCCAACGGGAAGAUGCUGGAAACCGAGGGCCUGUCCAAAGUGUUCAGAGAAGCCGGGGUGGACCCAGGUCAGCCGCUGUGGACCACCUGUAGUUCUGGUGUCACCGCGUGUCAGGUUGUCCUGGCUGCUCACCUGCUGGGGCACCCCGGGGCCUGUGUUUACGACGGCUCCUGGACUGAAUGGUUCAAGAGGGCCAGUCCGGAGCUGAUCAUCUCAGAGGCAGAAGGAAAGAAGGUCUGAAUGAACCCCAUCGGACAGGCAGCAUCUGAAGAGGUUUUUCACAAGGAAAGCUCUUGAAAAAUAUACACUUUCUGUAUCGAAUCAUCGAUCGAUGUUGUAUUCUUAUAAACGAUUUACAAUGAA